AAGAAUUCUUCCUAGUGUCAAAACCAACAUUUUUAAUAAAUAUGGGAAGGUUCUUAUGCAUCCUUCAUUACGGACACACCACCAGAGAGUACUCAAUAGAGAAAAUCCUUACAAAUAUAAUGAGUAUGGGAAGGCUUUUAGCCAUUGUUCAACCUUAGCUACUCAUCAAAGAAUUCAUUCUGAGCAGAAACCUUACAAUAGUAAUGAGUGUGGCAAAGCCUUUAAGAGGUUCUCAAACCAUACAAGGCAUCAGAGAAUCCAUACUGGAGAGAAAACAUAUAAAUGUAAUAUCUGUGGUAAAGAUUUUGCCACACGGUCACAUCUCUGGGGUCAUGAGCGAAUUCAUACAGGAGAGAAGCCUUACAAAUGUAAUGAGUGUGGCAAAACCUUUUCUGAUGGUUCAUAUCUUACUCAACAUAAGAAUUUCCAUUCCGGACAGAAACCUUACAAAUGUAAUCAAUGUGGCAAGGAUUUUGCCACACAUUCACACCUUUGUAUUCAUAAGAGAAUUCAUACUAGAGAGAAACCAUUUCGAUGUAAUGUAUGUGGUAAGAAUUUUAUGAUACCUUCACAGCUUUGGGGUCAUGAGCGGAUUCAUACUGGAGAGAAGCCUUAUAAGUGUACUGAGUGUGACAAAGCCUUUUCUAGUGGUUCAAAUCUUGCUCAACAUAAGAGAAUCCAUUCUGGAGAGAAACCUUACAAAUGUAAUCACCGUGGUAAGGAUUUUACCACAUGGUCAUACCUUUGGAGUCAUGAGAGAAUUCAUACUGGAGAGAAACCUUACAAAUGUAAUGAGUGUGGCAAAGCCUUUAUCAGGAGUUCAAAUCUUACUCAACAUAAGAGAGUGCAUGAUGGGGAGAAACCCUAUAAAUGUAAUAUAUGUGACAAGGCCUUUAGUCAGAAUGCAAGCCUCACUGUUCACCAAAGAAUUCAUGCUGGGGAGAAACCUUAUAAAUGUCACGAAUGUGGCAAAGCCUUUAAGCACUACUCAAGCAUCAAUAAACACCAUAAUACACAUAGAAGAUACAAAUAUAAAGGUAAGACCUUUAUUAAAUAUUUAUACCUUUGGAGUCAUGAGAGAAUUCAUAACAGAGAGGAACCUUACAAAUGUCACGAAUAUGGCAGAUCCUUUAAGCGCUGUUCAAGCUUGAUACCAGAAUAUCCAGGCUCCGCCCAACGGCCGUGGCCUCGACUCCGACGGCGCAGACAUGGCGACCCUUCCCGCGCGCCCGUCGCCGGAAGCUCUACGCCGUUUCCGACCCAUUCGGCCCUGCCCCCGCCCUGGACCCAAAGAUCAUAUCCGUUUCCCUCUCAUUGCCGGAAGUUCUUCUCCGAAACUAAACCCCAUCCCGCCCGCAGAAUUCAGGGCGAAGGCCUGGCCAGUACAGGCUUCCCCCGGCAGCCGGAGGCGCCCCAGUCAGGCCCUCCCGUAGGCAGCGAGCACCCCGGCCGGGCAGCGCUUCGCAUCCGGCCGAUUACCGGAAGCACCCCUCACAGUCUCGCCGGUGCACCAGCGCGCACGCGCAGCUGUCUGGGGUCUCUACGCACAUUCGAGUCCCUUCACCCGCGCCUCCCACCGCGGAUUGACGUCUCACAACCCAUCUUGCCUGGGAGAGAAGCCCAGAAGAGGGAGAAGAAGAAAGCCCAGGAGUCAGGAAUGACUCUUUCUCAGGAACGGUUGACCUUCAGGGAUGUGGCCAUCGAAUUCUCUCGGGAGGAGUGGGAGUGCCUGAACCCUGCCCAGAGGGCCUUGUACAGGGAUGUGAUGGUGGAGAACUACCGGAACCUGGUCUCCCUGGAUAUCUCUACUAGAUGUAUGAACAAAGAAUUACCACCAAAAGACAACAUUAGUAAUGGAGAAUUAUUCCAAACGUUGAUUUUGAAAAGACACGUAAGUCAUGACUUUGAUGACUUCGGUUUGAGGGCUCAGCAAGAUGGGAACAAAUUUGAGACUCAGUGGCUAUGUGAAGAAAAAAAUUACAAAGGAAUGACUACAUCCCAUUAUAAAAAUCUCACUUGUAGAGAAGACCAACAACAUCACAAAUUCUGUAAUGAUUUCCCUGUAAAGCAUAGUGUUUCCGUAAAAAAUAGUAAAUCUCAAUACUACACGCACGAUACGGCGAAUAAGGCACUAAAAAACAAGGCAGGCUCUUCAGGAAAUAAGUAUAGGAACUGUUUGGACAAUAGGCUUGGAUUAAGCUUUCAUUCACAUCUGGCUGAACUGCAGAGAUUUGAAACCCAAGAGGAAAUUCAUGAAAGUAACCAAGUUGAGAAGUCUACCAAAAAGUCCUCAGUUUCACCCCCUUCAAAAAUUCCUUCUGGUGUCAAAACCAACAUUUCUAACAAGUAUGGGAAGGUUCUUACACAUUCUUCAUUACAAACGCAACAUCAGAAAACACCCAAAAGAGAAAAACCUUACAAAUGUAAAGAGUGCGGGAAGACUUUUAGCCAUUGUUCAACCUUAGCUACUCAUCAAAGAAUUCAUUCUGAGCAGAAACCUUACAAAUGUAAUGAUUGUGGCAAAGUCUUUAACAGGUUCUCAAACCUCACGAGGCAUCAGAGAAUCCAUACUGGAGAGAAACCAUAUAAAUGUAACGUAUGUGGUAAGGAUUUUAUGAUACGUUCACACCUUUGGGGACAUGAGCGAAUUCAUACAGGAGAGAAGCCUUACAAAUGUGAUGAGUGUGGAAAAGCCUUUUCUGAGUGUUCAAAUCUUGUUCAACAUAAAAGAAUCCAUUCUGGAGAGAAACCUUACAAAUGUAAUCAGUGUGGUAAGGAAUUUAUCACCCGUUCACAUCUUUGGGGUCAUGAGAGAACUCACACUGGAGAGAAACCUUACAAAUGUAAUGAGUGUGGAAAGGCUUUCUCCGGGAGUUCAAAUCUUACUCAACAUAAGAGAAUUCAUGCUGGAGAGAAACCAUAUAAAUGUAACGUGUGUGACAAGGCCUUUAGUCAGAAUUCAAGCCUUACAGUUCAUCAGAGAAUUCAUACUGGGGAGAACCUUACACAUGUCAUGAAUGUGGUAAAGCCUUUAAGCAGUACUCAAGCCUGAGUAGGCACCAGAAUAUACACAGAAUGAAGAUAUAGAUGUAGAGCCUGUAGUAAGGCUUUUAUUAAAUGAUCUCACAUUUGGAGUCAUAAGGGAAUGCAUAUUGCAAAGAAACUUUACAAAAGAAUGGCAUGGCCUUCGUGCCAUGACUUGACCUCAGGAAUCACCAAAGAGUUCAUGUUGGAGAAAACCCUAGAAAUACAACUUGUGGUGAAUUGCUUAAGUAAGUUGUACAAUGUACUGUACUUGAGAGAAUUCUUACUAGUGAGAACUAAGUCUAGUUCUUGAAGAUUAAUCAAAUCACAUGUCAAACUCUGCAGGAAAAUUAGAAGUCAAAGUGAUUUAAAAUUCCUGAGACAAUGGGUAUCAAAGGAGCAGGGGCGUCUAUGGAAGUGCCCACUUAUCUUCAGUUUAUACAGUCAUUUUACUCAUUUAGAUGUCAUGAUGAGGUUUACUUUAUUAUUGAAUUUGGACCUAUGGUAGAAAAUCUGUUAAUGAUGUUAUAUCUUCAUCAUAGACCUUCCACGUGUUGCCACAGUGGUGUCUGUGAUGGAACUUCUUGUUUUGGUCCUAAUGUGAAUGAUGGUUUAUUUUUAAUUUUCAGUCCUUUGUUCUUUGCUGGUAUGUAGGAAGAUAGUUAACUUUUGUACUGUGACCUUGUAUCCCACAGCCUUGGUGUUACUGCACAUUAGUAUUUUAUCUACCAUACUUCUGUGCAUCAUAUGAGGUGGUUUGGAAGUUCUGGUGACAGGUGCCACUCUGUCUUGUUUCUGGCAUCAAGACACAGGACUCCCUGUUACCAUACUAAUACCGAUUGAAUCUUGCAGUCAUUUAAGUCCAACUUGGUCAUGGUGCAGGUUCUGGAUGUAUUGUGUUGGCAAUCAGAGUAUCCCGUUUGUUAAGGUCUCAGAAGCUUUAUGCGUUACUGGUAUUGGCAUAUAAAAGAAAUCUUUGCACAUAAAUGGAAACUGGUCAUAGCCAAAAUUAUAAACAUACCAGUAAUCUAAAACAUGAGUACAAGUUAUGAAAACACCUAAGUGUAGAUCUAGAUUAUUAUUAUUUUUUUAGAUCUAGAUUAUUGGAAGAACAUAGCCAUCCAGCUUUUUCAGUAUAUCAUAAUGGUUAAAUCAUGUGCUUUGGUACCUCCCCAGUAAGUUUAAGUCCCCAGACUGCUGCUAAACAAGGAGUGAAGUUAGUGAAAUCACUCAACCCUGUGUGCCUAAGGUCUCCUCCUUAGAAUGAAAGUGGUAGUAGUCCUAUCCCUGAUUUUUGAUGAAUGAAGAUUUUAAGUGCCUUGACAGCAGAGAUUCUUAAAUUGUGAGUGUUUUUUAGAAUUCCCCAUUCAACUCUCAGAAGGCUCUUAAUGAAGCUAAAAUUAAAUAUUUUUUUUCUUAAAGAUUUUAUUUAUUUGCAAGAGAGAAAGAGGGAGCGAGCAUGAAGAGGGGGAGGAGCAGAGGGAGAGGAAGAAGCAGACUCCUUGCUGGCCAGAGAGCCUGAUGUGGGGCUCAAUUCUGGGACUCCAUAACCUGAGCUGAAGGCAGAUGCUUAACCCACUGAACCACCCAGGCGCCCCUAAAGCAAAUGUAUUUUAAUGGGAAGUAAGCAUAAGUGAAGAAUACUAGUUUUCUUUUCUUUUU